GGUAUCUGUCGCAGGGGAUGAACCCGGCCUUCAUGCCGUACGGGGAGCGUUGGCGCGUCCACCGCCGGGUGUACAUGCAGUUGUUGAACGCCCAGGCUGCGGGCAUGUAUCGCCGCGUCCAAGAUAUGCGCAGUCGCCAGUUGGUGGUCGAGAUGUUGUCGACCGAUGACUUUUCCGCCAGCGUGUAUCGGUAUACCUCUGACGUGAUGGCGGAGCUGGUCUACGGGCAAAGAGAGAACAAUAAGAUCCAAAGUCAGCUGGAUCAGAUCAACGAGCGGGCCAUGUUCAUCCUGAAGAACGCCGCCUUCCACACGACGAUCCUCGAUCUGUUCCCUGCGCUGGACUAUCUGCCCGCCAAACGAUUCAUGCUCUGGCGAACACAGGCGGCCCAUCUGCACGAGCAGACAAAAGAGGUAUACGUCGAGUGUGCGGCGACAGCAUUGGAGUCACCCGUCUGGAACUGGACCAAGGAGGUUCGCCACGAUCACCAUGCCCGGUUCGAACUGGAAAAGAUCUCCUGGGAAGAGGUGUGUUAUUCAAUCGGGGAGCUGUACGUGGCCGGCAUCCACACCACAAAGAUGGUGCUGGAAAACUUCAUCACCGCAUGUGUCGCGUAUCCACAGACGGCCGACAAGGCACAAAAGGAGCUGGAUAGCGUCGUGGGCAGCAGCAGACUGCCUCGGUUUGAGGACCGAGAGCGGCUCCCCUAUCUCAAUGCCUUUCUGAUGGAACUCAUGCGCUGGAAGCCCAUCUCGCCCAUUGGAGUGCCGCACGCCCUGGUGCACGACGAUGAAUAUAUGGGAUUCAAUCUGCCGCGCAACGCCACGGUCAUUGCCAACCAGUGGGGGUUCAACAUGGACCAGGAGGUGUUUGUUUCGCCAGAGGAAUUCAAUCCUGAACGAUACGCUGAACACGGUUCCGACACAGGCGAGAGACUGCCGGGCUUUGGCUUUGGGCGCAGAGCGUGUCCAGGAUAUCAUUUAGCCAGCCAGUCUCUCUUCAUUGUCAUCGCGCGCAUGUUGUGGGCGUUUUCUAUCGACUCAUUUACACCCAGAAUCAGCAAUAUAGAAGUAUUGAUCAGACAACCAGCACUACAGAAAUAGACUCGAGAAUAG